AAUCAGAAAAUCAGGCGCCGCAAUUCACAGGGAGACCUCCCCUAACGCCUUCUUCUGUCGACUUCUUCUGCGGCAGAUUUUGAACGCCGAUCCAGCCACAAAUGAACCCCCCUUCCCCAAAAACUUCUGCUUCUCCAAGAAGGAUCAACGGAACUCCUCAUCUCCUACACACACCCAUCGUCGCCUUUACUUCAACCCGCCGAAAACCAGCUCCACUCUUUAAAAUCUCAACGCUGAAAACAAGGAAAAGAAGAUUGAAGAGUUUUCAUUUGAUAAAAACAAAAAAAAACAGAGUGAUAGGUUCUGUUCAUGUCAUUCGACAUUUUGGCUCCUUUUUUCUGAAUUUGCAAUUCCGAGUAUGGAUUGAUUAUGGAGUUUGUUUGAUUCGAGUUUGUCGCGGUUCGAAUUCGUCGAUUCGAGGUUCCCGUUGAGAUUUGCGGUUCGUGUCGUUAUUUCGUCUUUGCUGCUGCUUUGAAUUUACUGGUUGAGUCUAUCUCGCCGGCCUCAUUUGUACAUUUAGUCGGAAAUCUAAUCGGAAGAAAUCGAGGUGAAAUUUCAUCUAUUUGCUGGCAACAAAGGAUUCCUUGUUUUGUCUAAGAAAGCAUCAAGGAUAAUAUAUCGUGGGACACAUAACAAACUACUCAGUCCACGUCGUAGAAUAAUUGGAGUGGAAACAAAAAGCAAAUAAGCUCUGCACUCUUAGAGGAGUCUGCCCUCAUCUCCAACGAAAAAGAAGCAAUGUGGAGGCUAUCACCUGCUAGUUUUGAGGCUGUGUCUUUGAUUAGAAAAUGCUUAACAACUUCUGCUGAACCAUCAUUUUCACUGUCCAUACCGCUUCUGAAUCUGUUGAGAGCGUGCAAAACUGUCAAAAACCUUAAGCAAGUUCACACCCACAUAAUCCAAAAAGGCUACGAGCAAGACCAUUUUAUCAUCAACCAGUUUAUAUCGCUCUGUAACACCUUUUCCUCCGAUGUCUCUUAUGCAACAAGUGUAUUUGAGCGUGUCAUGCAGCCCAAUGUUUAUGUCUGGAAUACAUUGAUUAAAGGGUACAGCAAACAUUCAUCCUUUGCCGAUUGCUUCCUUAUCUUGAAACAAAUGAAAAGAAAUAUGAAUGUGGUACCCGAUAAGUAUACUUUUCCUUCGCUGGUCAAAUCCUGUUCAAGUGCCUUGGCUUUGAGGGAUGGUCAGGCCAUUCAUGGGUUGAUAGUUAGAUACGGAACUGAUAGCGAUGUGUUUGUAGGAUCCAGCUUGAUUGAUCUUUAUGGGAAAUGCAAUCAGAUUGAGUAUGCACGUAGAAUCUUUAAUGAAAUGCCUUUACGGAAUGAGGUUACAUGGACUGCUAUGGUUGUUGGCUAUAUAUAUUUUGGUGAUUUAUCGCAAGCAUGGAAAUUAUUUGAUGAAAUGCCCCAUAAAAAUAUAGCCUCGUGGAAUGCAAUGAUUAGUGCAUUCGUGAAGUUUGGUGAUUUGCUUAGUGCUAGGAAAUUGUUUGAUAGUAUGCCUGGCAAAGAUGUGGUAUCUUUUACUACUAUAAUUGAUGGUUAUGCUAAGGCUGGUGACAUGGCAUCAGCGAGGUUCCUGUUCGAUCAGUCUUUUGACAGAGACAUAAUAUCCUGGUCUGCUUUGAUAUCUGGGUAUGCUCAGAACGGGCAGCCCAAUGAAGCUCUUAAAAUUUUCCAUGAAAUGUUGUCAAUGAAUGUUAGGCCAGAUGAGUUUAUAAUGGUAAGUUUGAUGUGUGCGUGUUCCCAAUUAGGUCGCCUGGACUUGGCAAAUUGGGUAGAACAUUAUAUGAGCCAGAAUUCAUUUGAUCUUAAUCAAGUGCAUGUAGUUGCAGCCCUUGUGGAUAUGAAUGCUAAAUGUGGGAAUAUGGAAAGGGCGACAAUGCUGUUUGAGGGAAUGCCUAAGCGUGAUCUAGUAUCAUACUGUUCAAUGAUACAAGGCCUGUCUAUUCAUGGUUGCGGUUCUCAAGCUGUAGUUUUCUUUGAUAGGAUGCUGAACGAGGGGUUUGUGCCUGAUGAUGUUUCCCUUAAGGUAAUUCUGACUGCUUGUAGUCGUGCAGAACUUGUUAAGGAGGGUUGCCGCAUCUUUAAUCUAAUGAUAAACAAAUAUCCUGCUAAGCCUUCUCCGGAUCAUUAUGCAUGCGUAGUAGACCUUAUUGGAAGAUCAGGAAAACUUAAAGAUGCGUAUGAACUUAUAAGGUCAAUGCCCAUUGAACCUCAUGCUGGUGCCUGGGGCGCACUUCUAGGGGCUUGUAAGCCACACUGUGACAUUGAGGUAGGGGAGCAGGUAUCCCAUAGACUUUUUGAACUUGAGCCUCAAAAUACUGGUAAUUACGUACUUUUGUCAGACAUCUAUGCUGCGGCAAAUCGGUGGUUAGAUGUUGCGUUGUUGCGUCUGAAAAUGAGUGAGAAGGGUCUUAAGAAGAUACCUGGUUGCAGUUGGGAAUAUAAGUCUGUUGCACAAGACAACUAUGAUAUUGGCGGAAGAGAAUAUGGAAGUGGAGGUUCCCAAGAUUUUGGCUGCCUAUGGUCCCAUUUUCUGAUUUUCUAGCAAGAUCACAAAAUUAUUGACGACUAUUCACCGAUCUAUUGGCAAAACUUGAAAAAUGUUAUGUGUUUCUUGGCCUUACCUUUGACUUCUCAUACUUUACUCUGGUGAUUAAAAAAGACACUCGUUUCCUCGCUUUAAGCGAGAAGCGAAGCGAGGCGUGAAGGGCAGCACGAAGCGACUCUGGUACGAAAAAGCGACCGCUUCUCGGUAAAAAGCGAGAAGCGGUGAAGUGAGAAGCGUCCGCUUCUAUUUUUAAAAUUAACCCAAGCCCUAUUUUAUUAAAAAACGAGGUUUCUAAACCGUAAACACUGUCUGGACUUCUUCAACAGCAGCGAUUUCUUCUUCUCUUCUUCAUCAACUUCUGAUUUCUGAAAUAAUCUCAAAGCAUCUACUAGGGUUCUUCUUCUUCUUCUUCAACAGUACAGGGUCCAUGUGCUAUAUGUCUGGUUCCUUCCAAAUGGAAAAUGUUUAUGCCACUGAAAAUGAAGCAGGUGUUUGGCAAUGGCUUUUUGGAAAGACUAUUACAAGCAUAGUUCUUUACAAUACAGGUACAACUGAUGGAUUUGUCGGAAUAGCUGCUCCUUCUCUGGCAAGAAUCCUUCCGGGGAGAAUUGAAGAUAGAGGGGACCAAAGAUAUGUGGCUUUAAGGAAAUUAUGUGAAAGAGCUUUUUUGAAGCAAGCUAAAUUUAAAACUGCUGCCUUUUCUGAAAGCUAUACGGAAGGAAAAACAGGAUUGCAUAGGAUAGGAUAGGACAGGACAGACGAUGCUCUAAAAGGAACCAGACGCCAACCAACAAUCAUCACAUCUAUUGACUUUUUGUCAGACACUGCAACAAUGGUGCUAUGGUGCUUGCCGACAACAUGCUGGUUGCAUAAAUGCAUCAUCACCUUUUGCCUGUAUCAGAUACUUGCGAAUUGCAAUUUGUAAAUAUAAUAUGUAUGCGAACAGUACUACUAUAGAUCAACUAUUGGCAGAGGCGAAUGUAGAAGGUUGACUACGGGUUCAAUUGAACCCAUAACUUUCUACGUGGAGCAAAAAUUUAUAUGUAAAAAUUCCUUAAAAUUAUAAAAAUAGUAGAUAAGAACCCAUAACUUUAAAUAUAUAAUGGGUUCAACGCUAAUAACUUAAAAAUUGAACCCGUAAAAUAUAAAUCCUGGAUCCGCCUCUGACUAUUGGUCCAAGUGCAUGCAAAUAGUAUGCAUCACGUAUUUUCAACUCUUAAUAAGGGUAGUUGAUAUAUUCAAUUGAUAAACAAAAUGGAAUAUAUGUAGUAUCUUAUGUUUGUAUUCAAUUAUAUUUUCAUACCAGCAAAUAUUGGGCCUGUGCUUGCAGUUUAGGAUAGUUACCUUUAUUUUUCA